ACUGUAGAGUGUGAAGGUGAUAACAGCUGGUAGAUAUCUAUCCAUGCAAACCCAGGAUAUAUUCAGAUAUAUAGACGUGCAGACAGCUAUAUUCAUCUAGAUAGAUAGAUAGACAGAUAGAUGGAGAUGUGAACAAGGAGUGAAAGAUGGAUGCAGAAACACAAAUAGAGAAAAUGCAGAGUUUUCACUGGGAUCAGAACCAGAACCAGAAUCAGAAUCAGAACCAGAACCAGAAUCAUAAUCAACUUCUUCACAGUCAAUCUUUUCAACAAUCAUCAAAGCACAGUUCAGGUUGUAUGGGAGAGGAGGACCCUGUAGACCCAGAUAUUCCGGUCCAUCCUAAACUAUCAGGGGUCCAGGUCCACCUAGAGAUGAAGUCCCUCUGGGAGGAGUUCCAUGAACUAGGAACAGAAAUGAUUGUGACUAAGGCCGGCCGGCGAAUGUUCCCGACCUACCAGGUCCGGCUGUUCGGCCUCGACCCCAUGGAGGACUACAUGCUCGUCAUGGAUUUUAUACCGUGUGAUGAUAAGAGAUACAGAUACGCCUUCCACACCUCGAGCUGGGUUGUGGCGGGUAAAGCGGAUCCAAACUCUCCGCCUCGUAUACAUGUACAUCCGGAUUCUCCGGCCAAAGGAACCCAAUGGAUGAAGCAAGUAGUUUCCUUUGAUAAACUCAAGCUUACGAAUAAUCAACUAGAUGACAACGGACAUGUGAUUUUGAAUUCUAUGCAUCGGUAUCAGCCUCGUCUGCAUGUUAUAUUCAUCCAUCCUCGAAAUGAGGCCUCCGCCUCGACCCCGGCCUCACAUCAAAACUUUAAAACAUUCAUCUUCACAGAAACUAAAUUCACAGCAGUCACAGCUUACCAAAACCAUAGAAUAACACAACUAAAGAUUGCCAGUAAUCCAUUUGCGAAGGGGUUUAGAGACUGUGAUCCUGAAGAGUGUAUGGGAGGAGGAGAGAAGGUUCACCAGGAUCAGGAUCAGGAUCAAGGAAGAGAUUGUUCUCAAGAAUCACAAUGUGGGAUCUUAAACCCGACCUUUCUCCAACAACAGCAACAACAACAACAAGCUCAGCAACAACAACAACAACAAAUUCAACAACAUACAUUGCUUGAAAAAUCAAGAAAAGAUUUACCGAGUCCGGGUUCUGUUUCUACCGCGUGUAGUCUAGGCUACGAGGCGGGGAUGUUGAAGUAUCCUGGAUACUAUAAACCUACCUCCCGUCCUUCCCCCUACUCAUAUCCCUACCCCAGAUACUCAUAUGAGUAUGCAAACCCCCACCUACCCAGAUAA